AUGGCUUCUUCAAUCGUCAUCGUUCUGGCUCUGGCAUUUUCCUGCGUUAAUGCUGCUGCGCCAACAAUCGGUACUGAACUCAACUGCACCGUCUUUUUAGCAACUCUCACUCCCGACGCUGAUUUUGUCUAUACUCCCGGAGCAACAAACUGUGUCAACUCCUAUUCUGACUCUACAUGUGCAACUCUCUACGCUAUCACCGACACUGAGCCAGCACCAGUGCCAGGAGUUAACACACUUCGCCCAUUGAAAUGCUUCACCGCCGGAACAGAUGGUACCGGUGCAGUAGAUCCAGAUCUUGUAAGAGCUGCAGUCAGUACAUGUCCAAAGACUUGUGGACUUUGUUGUCAAAGUGCGGAUUACAAGUGUCCCAAUGUUCAGUUCCCACGUCUCAACUGUGCCACAAUUCUUCCAUCACAAUGCAGAGACCAACAAUGGCGCGUCAUCAUUGCUCAAGAUUGUCCGUCUGCUUGUGGAUUCUGUAAUCAAGGAGGAUGUGUUGAUGCAGUCAUUGAAUGUUCUAAUGAUAUCUCCAUUUGCAAUGCCGUCGGUAUGCAAGACUUUGUAAAUCUAAACUGCCAAAAAACAUGUGGAAGAUGUUCAACAUCCACAACGGCUGCUGGCUCAGUCGCAACAGCUUCAAGUGGAACAUGUACAACCUACAACGCUGACUCAAAUCGAUCUUGUGCGGCUUGGGCUGCUAAUGGCUUCUGUCAAAACACCUUCUACUCAAUUGCCCAAAGAAGAUCUUCCUGCGCUACCACCUGUAGAAUCUGCUAA